AUGUCAAAGGAUCUUCAGAAAGGCGCCAUGUUUAUGGCAGGUCUGACUCUGUUGCAGUCUCUCCGUGUGGCGUUAACUGGAGCAAAGUUUGCAAUGGAUAGAUUUAAAAUUCCUCAGCAAUAUGCCAGUUCGUUCAUUAACAUGGUCCAUAAUCCUAUGGAGUUGGCAACGUUUACUGGAAUGGCUAUUAUAAAUAUAAUAGCGCUUACUACACCCUGGUUUAAGACGUGGUUCGCCAUUGUAACAAAUGUGACACUAUGUCUUUCCUUCAUUCUACUCCUCAUCGCAUUUAGAUCAGGAGGUCAAAUUGGAGAUCUUACCUUCUACUAUUGGACUAUCGUAUUUGUCUCAUUUGUUUAUGGACUGAAUGUGGCCUGUGUAAUGAACGUGGGAAGCGCAAAUGCCGCAUUUUUCAAUAUGGGAAUUCCUAUCUCCGGUAUUCAAGUUUGCAUCUACUACUUUGUCUUUACUAAGUUGGCUGAGUGGUUUAACUUUUCAAAUGUUAGUUACUGGGUUAUAUUUUGGCAACUUAUUAUUGCGAUACUAAUAUCGGCAGCAUCGGCUGGUGUCUGGAUUGCUGCCUAUCAUAAUGGAGGUGGAUCCUCGGGAGGUCAACCUAGUGCUGGUGCCGUAUCUCCGAUUCUUAUGGGAAUGGUUGGCAUGGGUGGUAUCUACGCUUUCUAUCCCGCUAUCGCUCCUUAUAAACUGACUGACGUUGGUACUGGUUACAAUAUUGAUCUUGUUGUUUUAUUCAUGAGUGCUGUUCCAGGCAUCAUUAUUGCCAUAGCCACAUUGUACCUAGGGCAGAAUGGUCCAGAUAAUAAGUGGGAUGAGAAUGGCAAUUGGUGGUGGCAUCUGACUUGGUUGUUUGCAAUUCCACACGUUCUUGCCAUGUUCUCGUGCUUGUAUGUACUUCAUCACCCAGAUAGUAAAGUGGCACGUGUUGUAAAGAGCAGUGGUUUAAGGGUUGGAGUGAUUACUGUGACCCUAAAGUUUUGUGAGGAAUCGCUAAAAGCAGUAUCAUACGCCGGAGGUGGUGCAUAUGGAGGUACUAUUUCGGCUGUUAAUGCCUUCACAUCUCAAGGUUUAAUGAUAGUCUUGGCCUUUACUGGAGAUGGUUACCUUAAGACUUACUCCAAGUAUGAGCAUGACAGGAGUAAAUGGCCUACUAAAGACUUUGGGUUCUUUAAGUCCCUAGGAUACUGGACGAAGAAUGGAAUGAAGGUGGCCUGCAAGAGUGUUAAGUCUUCCUUUACCAAGAAUGUCAGAUGCAAAGUUUUGGGUAAAUCAGAGGCUCUACUCAUUGUCUAUGAAGAUGAGGAAUUUUAA